GUCCUACUCGUAUCAGUACACUCUUAACAACCUAAUCCUUACGAAACUUAUAUUUUAUAAAAUAAACCAUACAUUGAAUACCGAAUGUGUUUGACACCCCUGGCGUAGAGCUUCCUAUUGGCUGCUUCUGAUCAUUUCCAAGUGGGGAAACGCGAAGCUCAUCUUUUUCCGCAUUCAAAUCGUGUCGGAGUGAUCGGAGGAACGACUUGCUUACUUCAGAGGAACGAUUUGGGCAUUCACGUGCUCAGAGCUUGGAAGGAACGCAAUAACCAUUCUCACCAUUGACCACUGUGUUUGUUGCCAUUUUCAGUGGUGCAUGGUGUCAAAGUUCAACAUGUGGGAAAGAUCGGGGUCAAGAGAUCAUUCCCAAUUUUCCUAGUCAUAAUUACAGAUUGGAGGGGCGUUCACAUGCACGUUUCCCAGUAGGAAGGUCGUAUUUACGAGUUGCCAAAUUGACGUCAAUGCGGCAUUUCUACAACGAGUCCAAGUCAGAAAUGUCUGAGUUUCUGAGUUCUGAGUUGUUUUGAACGCACCAUCAGUCGAGAGAUCACAUCCUAGAUGUCGUGAUGCCAUUCAGUAUGUGGUGCUUUCACCCAAGACAAUAUUACUUUGACUCAAACUACUUGUUGAACUAUCCAUACCAACUAGCUAACAAAUUAGAUAAUAUUAACAGCCACAUACACACACACACACACUCCCCCCCCCCUUCUCCCUCACUGCCUCACCCAUCCUCACACACUGCAUGGCCUCAACAGCUCAACAGGGUCUAUAAACGUAUCUGAACCAGUAGAGCGGAGUGAUGGGUGGGGGAAGUAGCUGGGAGUUCCUUAAAUAUGAUUGAGAGGAAAUGAGUUGGCUGCAGAUCUCAGAAAUGCAUCAUGCCACCAUAAGAGUUUCCCUAUCUUCUGUACACAGCUUAGAAGUGAGAAUAUCAUUGACCCACACAACCCUUGUUUUCAGCUGUUCGGCUUUCCUUGUAAGUGGACUAGAUCCCCAAUGGCACUUUUACGAGAGUUCUUGCUGUGGGUGGUUCUUGGAAUGAUUUUUGUAUCCUUGGUAAUAGGCCUCAUCUUUGUCUUUAUCAACAAGUGUAUCUCCAAGAAAGCUGCUGAACAAUACAAUACAAAUAGGCCAAGUCACACAAUCCCUGAGUCUUAUGCCCAGUUUCUCCCAAUGGUUUCUCCCUUAUUCAGGAGCAGCAAAUUUCAUCCCAAAGAUCUGGAGGAGGAUUUGCCUCCUUUACCACCCAGGACACAGUUUCUCACAUCCUACCCCGAGAUCGAAAGCUAUGAGAACCUUGCAGAGCUACCCUACAAUGUGAAAGUAGAUAACGAGGCCCCUCCUCCGCCAUACCAUCACACAGAGACAGAGGUGUGUCAGGACGUGUGUCAUGACAGCAUUUCAGAGGACUAUGAUGACAUCGGAGCAGACUGUCAGACUGCUGAACAAUACAAUACAAAUUGGCCAAGUCACACAAUCCCUGAGUCUUAUGCCCAGAGCAGCAAAUAUCAUCCCAAAGAUCUAAAGGAUGAUUUGACUCCUUUACCACCCAGGACACAGUUUCUCACAUCCUACCCCAAGAUCGAAAACUGUGAGAACCUUGCAGAGCUACCCUACAAUGUGAAAGUAGAUAACGAGGCCCCUCCGCCAUACCAUCACACAGAGACAGUGGUGUGUCAGGACGUGUGCCAUGACCGUGACAGCAUCUCAGAGGAUUACGAUGACAUCGGAGCAGACUGUCAGAGUGAAGAGGACUAUGAUGAUGUGGGAUAAGGCCAGAGGCAACAGAGCCUAUUUUAAAGACACUGGUGGCACAUAAUGUAUACUCCAGCUAGACCAAAAUAGAUAUUAGUACAACUAUGACUAUCCUCAUCUUCAGCUGAUACAGCUUUAAUGUUUACUAAUUUAUUUGGUAAUGCUUUACUUCAGUCCUCUGCCAACUGGUAUAGCUGCCUGGUAUUUACCGAGAAGAUAUAUUGUUACAAUGUGUACUUUCUUAUAACUAAGAAUUCAACACAAUUUAGUUGUGUUUCAGGGUAUACUUUGUAAUUGAAACUCUUAUUGUCCUGUAGUUAGAAGGUAUAGAAAAAAGAGAAGCUGUGUAGUUUCAAUAUGAAUAUUGACCAGAGUAUAAAUAUACACAAUCUAUAUUUUGGGUUCUGACAGUUGAACUACGCUCAUGAGGGAUUUACAAAUUAUAUUCUUUAAGAAUCAAUUAGUAUAUAGUCCAAAAAUGGGUGUACCAAUUGCCCCUUUGAACUAAAGUUCUGAAACCUUCCAUACACUGCCUUCUACCAGAGGGUAAAUAACAUAUGCAGUUUGAUUUGUUUGCAGUUACAGUAAUAAUUGUUUCUACAGUUGCAAUAAACAAAAUGUGUGCUUUUA